AUGAUAAAUAACUAUCAUUUUGACACAACACCACCCAUUCUUUCACAUACAAAUUCUUUGAAGUUGAUAAACAAUAAUAAUCGUAUGAAAUAUUCUCUCUUGCUUAAAUCCAUUUUUACUCCGAAAUCUUGUAACAAUAAUUUCAAACUUCAAAUCAAAUAUUUUUCCAAAAAUUCUCAUCUUAGCGAAGAGGAGUUAUCACAAAAGAUAGAUCACUAUUCUCUGUUGGGAUUAUCAUUCAAUUCCGACAACAAAGCCAUCAAAAGUGCCUAUUACGCUAAAUGCAAGAUUUAUCACCCAGAUUCUAAAGUUGAUCAAAAUGCGCGGAUAAAUAGUCAAACAAGAGCUGACAAUUUCAGAAAAAUAGCGGAAGCCUAUGAAUGCUUGAUAGACCCCGUCAAGAGACAAGAAUAUGAUAAGAUUCUUUUUGCAAAAAAGUCAAGAAUGUACGAAAAUGGGAGUGACUUCGAUAAGGCUAGGAAAGGCUUCGAAAAAAAUAGGUCUUCAUAUAGGAAUGUUUCGAACAGAUACGGUUCAUCGUUUUACGACAGUUCCGAUGACCAAAACGAAUCCACUUACGAUCCGAAUUUUUGGAGCGCCCGUUUUGAAGAUCAGUUGAAAUAUCAGGAAGAUUUUGAUCAUGCCAGUAAAAAUAGACCAGCUCAACCUUACGAAUCUCGUUGGUGGUUGGCUCGGCUAGAAGCUAUGAAUACUCUUAACCACAAAAGGUCGUUUUAA